UCCUGCCUGUGUGUGCCAAAAUCCCAGGCAGUGACAUAUGCAUAAAACAAAGAAAGAUUGCACAUUUUGUUUCUUCAAGUAUUCCUUUUUUUCCUGUGUUUGAUUUUGCCAUAUUUAUCAUCUCGCCUCUCAGGAAAACUAUGCUGCGUUUGACUGCUGGGCGUGUAGGGGGGCUUCCGUCCAGAUGGGCAGUGGCUGCAUUCAGCUCUAGCAGUGCCAGGAUGGCCGGCCAUGGGCAUGGUAAUACAUUUUCUAGAGAACAGGCGGACAUGUCUCUUCCAAUGUACUGGGACCGUCUGGACACUCCUUUACCAGACCGACCAUACCAGGACACCCUCAGAGCUGCAGACAAGAGCCUGAAGCAGAAGGAGAAAGGACCCUGGAACUACCUCACUAAAGAAGAAAAAAUUGCCUUGUAUAGAUUGAUGUUUAAAGAGACAUAUGCAGAGAUGAAGAAAUCAUCCAGCGAAUCGAAGACGAUGCUUGGAGGAAUCUUCUUCUUCAUUGGUUUCACAGGCCUAGUUGUCCUUUGGCAAAGGCUCUAUGUGUAUCCCACUCAUCCUUGCACCCUUGAUGACGAGUGGCAGACUAUGCAGGUGAAGCGGAUGCUGGAAAUGUGGGUGAACCCUGUGGAAAGCUUCUCAGCCAAGUGGGACUAUGAGAAGGGCCAGUGGAAAUGAAUGAUUUGUAGCUGAGCGCUACACAUCUAAGCCUUGCCAUUUAUCUAUCACCUUUGAUAUUCUUCAUAUAUUACUAUAAUGUCCAUCCCUUACAGUAUGACCAUAAGAAUGUUAUCUGGUGGUAAACAGCGUAUGUAAGAUCUGAUGGAGUAGAUCGGGGGAUUAAAACAAUCCACUAUGUUGAAAGAAUCACAACUUGACUGAUCUGAUUGACAAAUCUUGACUGAAGGAAGUAAAACUUAA